AACGUUAUAACAAUGAACCUGAACUUACUGACGAAUGUAUUAAAGACAAUUAUGACUCGCAACAAAUACAUAUUAACUCUAUGCUAAACAAUAUAUCAGAUGAUAAAAUUCAAGAAGCUUGGCAUCCAGUUAGUCAUGGAAUUGUAUGUUGGCAUUACUUUGCUGUUCUUUUAGAAUCAAAUGUAGCUAUUUUCUAUAUCUCAUUUAUAAUGCAACAAUGGUAUAAAGAUGCAUAUUUUAAUGAACCAGAAGACACUUUCAAUAAUAUUUUACUAAUUCGACCACAUAAUAAUAAUCCUAAUAGACCUGCUUCAGGAUCCAAAAAACCCAAUAAAAAAUUUCUACAAGAUCGAAUACAUUAUAGUAAAAGUUAUGGAUUGUUGCAAACCAUUCUAAUAUUAGCAAUAGAGACCAAAACUGAUGAGGAAGUAAAUGAUUGGUGUCAUCAAUUUAUUCAGCAAAAGAAAGAGCUUCUAAAAGCUGAUACUGCAUCAAUUAUGCCAGUUAAGGGCCGACCAAGUAGAAGACAGAAGAGUGUACUUGAACAAGAAGCUAAAAAACCAUUAA